AUGGCAUCAUUCUUUUCUGAUUUUGGUCUUCUGUGGUACUUGGAAGAAUUAAACAAGAAGGAAUUCGUGACAUUUAAAGAAUUCCUCAGACAGGAGAUUUUGCAAUUGGAGCUGAAACAGAUUUCUUGGAGAGAAUUGAAGAAGGCGUCUCGGGAAGACCUUGGCAACUUACUGUUGAAACAUUAUGAAGAGAAGCAAACCUGGGAUAUCACCUUGAAAAUUUUCGAGAAGCUCAAUAGGAAGGAUCUCGCUGAGAGGGCAGAAAGAGAGAUGGCUGACGUCGUGGAGAGUUCCCCCCUUGUGCUUACUGACUUAGGACAUCCAAAGUUAUAUCGAGAUCAUUUGAAGACGAAGUUCGCUGAUGAUGGUUUCAGACCAUUCAGAAUUAGUAUUCAAGAUUUCAUGAAGAAGAGAUUGAGCCAGGAUGACCAGGAUUAUCUUGAGAACCUUCUCCUAUCAGAGGGAGAUGAAAUGAAAUCACAGAUGGUGUUAGUGGGUGGUGUUGCCGGAAUUGGCAAGACACUGUUGUUGAAGAAGUUUCUGCUUGCCUGGUCGGAAAGCCUGGUGAUUCAGAGCAAAUUUUCCUACAUCUUCUACUUCUGCUGUCGAGAUGUGAAGCAGCUGAAGACAGCUAGCCUGGCUGAACUGAUCUCCAGAGAGUGGCCCACUCCCUCAGCACCCAUUGAGGAGAUUGUAUCGCAACCUGAGAAGCUCUUAUUUAUCAUUGACAGCUUGGAAGUGAUGGAAUGUGAUUUGUUUGAACAGGAAUUGGAGCUGUGUGAUAACUGCAUGGAAACGCAGCCAAUAAAUAUACUUAUGAGCAGUUUGCUCAGGAGGAAGAUUCUCCCUCAAUCCUCUCUCCUCAUCUGUGCUACCCUAGAGACAUUUGAGAAAAUAAAGGACGUGAUUGAGUGCACAAAUGUGAACAUAAUUAAGGGAUUCCGGGAGAGCGAUAUUAACAAGUUUUUCCACACUAUAUUCCAAGAUAAAGACAGAGCCCAGGAACUCUUCAGUGUGGUGAGAGAAAAUGAGCAACUGUUUACUGUUUGUCAGGUUCCUGUGCUCUGCUGGAUGGUGAUUACUUGUCUUAAAAAUGAGAUAGCGAAGGGAAGAGACCCAGUCUCCAUUUGUCGACGUACCACCUCCCUGUAUACAACUUACAUCUUCGAUUUGUUCAUUCCCCCAAGUGCCCAAUAUCCAAGUAAGAAAGGCCAAAACCUGCUGCUGAGCUUGUGUUCUCUGGCUGCUGAGGGCAUGUGGACUGACACAUUUGUGUUUGGUGAGGAGGCUCUCAGUAGAAACGGGAUCAUGGAUUCUGACAUCCCCAUAUUCCUGGACAUCGGAUUGCUUGGAAAGAUCAGAGAGUCUGCAAAGGUUUACAUAUUCCCCCACCCAUCUGUCCAGGAGGUCUGUGCUGCCUUAUAUUAUCUGCUAAAGAGCCCCAAGGACCACCCUAGUCAGGGUGGGGUUCAAUCUAUAGAGACACUCAUGGUUACAUUUCUAACGAAAGUCAAAGUACAGUGGGUUUUUUUUGGUUGUUUCAUCUUUGGCCUUUUACAAAAAUCAGAACAAGAAAAGCUAGAGAUGUUUUUUGGCUACCAGUUGUCCCAGAAAAUAAAGGAUGAGUUGUAUCAGUUUCUGGAAACUAUAAGAGGCAAUAUGGAGCUUCAAGAAGAAAUUGAUGGCAUGAAAUGGUUUUCCUGUCUGUUUGAGUUCGAGGAUGAAGCCUUCCAGGUACAAGCACUGAGCUGCAUGGAACAGAUUCAGUUUGUGGCUAAGGAUUAUUCUGAUGUUAUCAUUGCCGCCCACUGCAUAAAGCACUGUUCUACACUGAAGAAACUCUCCUUUUCCACCCAAAAUGUCCUGAUUGAAGAACGAGAAGAAAGCUAUAUGGAAAAGUUUCUUGCCUAUUGGAAGGAUAUAUGCUCUGUGUUUGUAAGGAAUAAAGACAUCCAGGUGCUCCAAAUGAUGGAAACUGAUUUCAAUGAGCCAAUCUUUCAGGUCUUGUAUGACUCUCUGAAGAGCCCCAGAUUCACCCUUAAAGGACUUAUGGCAAAUAAUGUGACCUUCUUUGGUGGUGACCAGAUGUUCUUUGACUUGAUUCAGAACUGCAGUUUAGAGUACUUGAACCUCAGCCGCUCAUUCUUCUCCCACAGUAAAUUGGAAACUUUGUGUGAUAUCUUGAUCCAGGCAGAAUGCCAUGUGGAAAAACUGGUGUAA